AUGCGUUGUAUCAGCGCAAUUCACUUUUUUUCAGGGCUUCUUACCAGAUUGCAGACUUCAGCUCCCACAAUACGAACUUUAUCAUCAUCAAAUUCCUUCUCUCAAAACAUUCCAAGCUGUUUGUGGAAACUGGGCCGACUUAAUCACGUAGCAAUUGCAGUACCUGAUUUGGAGAAAGCGCAGUCCUUGUAUAAAGAUGUGUUAGGAGCACAGGUGAGCGAGACUGUUGCUCUUCCCGAACAUGGUGUCUACACUGUUUUUGUGGAGCUGGGAAAUACAAAGCUGGAACUUCUACAUCCUUUAGGCGAGAAAAGUCCCAUUGCAAGCUUCCUGCAAAAAAACAAAACUGGAGGAAUGCAUCAUAUCUGCAUUGAGGUUGAUGACAUAAAAACAGCUAUGACAGAACUGAAGAAAAAAAAGAUACGAAUAUUGAGUGAAGAGCCAAAAAUAGGUGCACAUGGCAAACCUGUGAUUUUUCUUCACCCUAAAGACUGCCACGGAGUCCUUGUGGAACUUGAGCAAGCUUGAGCUGUAAUAUAUUCAUAAUAAAACAAGAGAUUAGUUGUGAAGUUACUGAGCUGGCGCUGGGAAUAUUGAUGUGGUAUUCAGCCUUUACAAGAUCACUGUAGUUCACUGAGCUCACUCAAAAGUACAGCUUUUAAGUACUGAAAUUGUGCUACAGAUUUAAGGUUGUUUUCUUUUUGUUGUUGUUGAUCUGAUUUUCAGAAUUAGUAUGUUGACAUUUCUUGAAUUCUUUGUGAUUCUAAAGACAAAUACAUGAGCCAAGUUACAUAUAUAACAUAGUAAUUUAUUUUCUGUUGCCUCAUGUUUGCAGCAUGGUUUUACCUCUGUAACCACAGAAACUGUACAGUUUCUAGGUCAUCCCACAUUAUUUUGUUCUACAUUUCAGAGCAGAGACCCACUUCUCAGUGACAACAAUAUAGCUUAGAUAUUCCCUUUAGAAAUAAAGGAAAA